AUGGAGUUUGAUGCCACCGUUUCAGGCAUCCACUGGGGUCUUGGGAAGUGUCUCCUGCAGCAAGUGGGAACGUGGGCGCUGUUCAGAAGAACUCAGAUGCUGGCUCUGCUCUCUUCCCUGGGUGACGAGGCCCUGGGAGAAUCUGGUUCCAAAACCAUCACUGCCCAGGGUGGCAACAGUCUCUUCAACAGAAGUUCCCGGAUCAUCGGGCUCAGGCAGGUUCAGCUGAGCAUCUCGCCCACUUCCCUCCCCCCACCCUACCACUCUGGCUUCAGAAGCGGAAAUGGACCCUGGAUAGGCACCCCAGAGGGGCUGUCAGAGAGGAGGGAUGUGCUGGAAUGUUCCAGAUGGACAAGGGCGUGGGAAAGACCAAAGGGUGCUGAGAAGCAGGAGAAGGCAUCUGGUGACUUUGGAGAUCCAGGAAAGGAAGAGGGUGACUGCAGGCUACAGGCAAGACCACAGGAAGGACUGGAAGCUAAGGGUCUUGGGCAGCUCUCUGAGGAAUCCUUAGGGGACACUCCCCUUCCCAUCAGGCGGGGGCUGGAGAAGGAGGGAAGCCAGUCCAGGGCUCUCCUUGCACGCCCACGUGACUGCUUCUACGCGCGUGUGCACAUCAGCGUGAUCAGGGCACACGGGCCACCCGGAGCGAGUGGAUGCUUAGUGGAGAGGCGAGGAUGUUGGGGCAGGGCCGUCCCCAGGCCAGUGAGGCACGGUCAAGCCUCCUCUUCAUCAGAGCAGGGGUCUUGUGAUGGGACUGCUCGGCCUGUGACCCCGGAGCAGCCUGGACACUCCUGGCUUCUGAGGAACCAAGGUGACACAGAAGAGCCCCUCAGGACGCAAACUGGAGCUGGCCGCACGGGGUUCGCAGGGGACCCUUGGCCCAGACGUCUGGACUCGCAGCUUCCGGUCUGUCUCCUCGGACCAGUCGCUGGCCUGGUCCACGCCAUAGGGCUUCCCCUUGGCCCUGGACCCUCCGCAGGCACCUCCCAGGACAGAGGAUGGGCCCGGGCAGUGCUUCAUCCAGAACGUCCCGAGAGCCGGGUCCUCAAGUGCCCGGCCCAGCGCUGGAGAGGGGCUUCCACGGCCACGUGUCACACAAGCUGUGACCAGAGCAGUGACCGAUCAGGGAGGCCAGGGCUGGGGUGCAGCUCGGUGGCCGAGCACUUGACUGGCACACAAGAAAAGAGACAGACAGAGAGGACCUGACGAGGACGUCGUGUGACCUUGCUGAGCCCCGCCUGCGGCAGGUGCCCUUCCUAAGUCUCCUAAUUCACCUUAUUCCCACACCACACCACGGGGGGGACCGGAUCCUGAUUCCCAUUUUCCAGAUGAGGAAUCUGAGGCAGAGGGGAGUGCGUCACUGACCACUUCCAAGUGGUCUCUCAACCAGGACUUGAAGCCUCCCAGCCUGACCCAAGCUCAGCUCCUGUCCACGGAGCUCUGCUGACCAAGGCUAACAGAACACCCCGUGUUGAGGGACAGAGAGGAAGGGGACUUUGCCUGGAAGCACUGUUGGCCACCCCCCAAGACCCCCAAGAGUCCCAGGGGUCAGUGAACCCAAGAAAAAGGGAAAGAAUGUUCUCGGCGGAAGAAACAGCGGCUGUGUGCGAGGCGUGGAUGUGGAAGCCAGGCAGCCCUGAGCCACUCCAAGUGUGACUGCGACGGUUUGGAUCUGGAGGUCACCCAAGGCCCACGCGGUAAAGGCGUGGUCCUGGGCCAUGCGUCCCAGCACAGCCCUGGGGACCGAGGCAGGAGGAGGAGGGUCAAGGCCAGCCUGGCAACUUAGCAAGACCCCACUCAAAGCACCAAACAAAACCCUCUCAGUCCUCAGCUCAGCACAACCGGAAGGUGGUGUGGUUUGCGAGAUCGGGCUAAGGAGGUCAGAGGUCACUGGGGGUAUGCCCCCCAAAGACAUAAUGGGAGUCAUCCCCUUUCCUGUCUCUCACUUGGCCUCCUGGCUGCCACGAGGCAAAGCUUCCUUCACCCCGCGUUCCCUCCAUGAUGUGCUGUCUCACCACAGGCCCAACAGCAUAUGAGCCAACCGAAAGUGGCCUGAAACUUCCAAACCAUGAGCCCAAAGAAACCUUUUCUCUUUAUAAGUUUAUCAUCAUCUCAGCCAUCUGUCAUAGUAACAGAAAGCUGACUGAUACCACGAGAGCAUACCGUGAGUAUAAAACUACAGCGUCGGGGAAGGAGUUAUCAUCUGCUUGCUCACAACCUGCCAGGCGUUAUAUUCAUUGCCAUAAAUAAUACCGGUUGCCUUAGUAAGUAAACCACAAGACAUCAAAGAUUUACAUGAAAAAACAUGGACUUCUUGCAGCUGGAGACGCCUGGCUGCCACGCAGCCUUCUGGGUGUUACUCAGAACCAGCUCCUCUAUCUUCCAGGGCACAUUUUUCCUGCAGAGUCACAUGGUAAAUAUGUUUGCCUCUGUGGUCUCUGUCACAGUUGUUUAGCUCUGUGUUGUUUGACGGCAGCAAGAGCAACAGGAAGGACUGGGCGUGUCUACGCUCCCAUGAAACUUUGCUUACAAAUACAAGUGGGGGCAGGAUCCAGCCCAGGGGCCACAGUUUUCCAGCCCCUGUCUAGGGUGUGAUUGCCUGUGCUGUCCUGCACGCAGCCAGCAGACAGGGAGUGAGAAGGAGCAGCUCACGCCCGAGGACGUACCCAGUGACUUAGCAGGAAGUCGUGAAAUCACUCAAGUUCAGUGACAAGGCCACCUUUACGAGAAGGGGAGCAUGCUGAAGCCUGGUGGCUCCCCUCCCCUCACCAGUACAGUUCCUGGGUCCAGGCAAGUGGGGCUCACCCCUUAGAGACGUGCACAGUUCUCCUCUGACCAGCCUGCUCCAGCAUGGACGCCUGAUGCGAGGCUGGCCUUCUGGGUCACUACAAAGAGAUACCCCCCAGGUCAGUAUAACAGAACGUGUUUAUUUUGUGGGGAGUGAGGGGGCACCAGGGAUUGAACUCAGGGGCACUCGACCACUGAACCCCAUCCCCAGCCCUAUUUUGUAUUUUAUUUAGAGACAGGGUCUCACUGAGUUGCUUAGCACCUUGAUUUUUGCUGAGGCUGGCUUUGAACUCUCGAUCCUCCUGCCUCAGCCUCCCAAGCUUCUCGGAUGACAGGUGUGUGCCACUGCACCCAGCAGAACAUGUUUCUUUGAAUAGCAUUGCUAGCUUGAAUUAUGACUUCUAAAUAUGAACAGAGGGCAUAUGAACUUCCAAUUCAUACACCCUAACAAGUGGGGACAGGGGACUGGUGGUCUCCCUAGGCAUUGCGCAGUGACCUUAAAGCCAGAUCACCUGGAUCUGAAUCCCAGCUCUGCCCCACACCAGCCGUGGGGUCUUGAGCAUUUGGUUUAGCCUCCUCUGUGCCUCAGUUUUCCCAUCUGUAACAUGGAGAUGACUACCUUAUCAGGUUGUGGCAAGGAUUUAAUUGAGUUAAAAUCUGUAAAACACUUAGAACUGUGCCUGGCUCACAGUGAAUAUCCUGUUAAAUAAAUAGAUUGUCCCCAG